UUUAUAACGCGGCAACAUCAUUGGCGGGAUAGUGUCACGUGACAAGAGUAGAACGCUUCCGGUAUUGUUUGACGUUCAGCAAAGAAAAAAAAACGGAAUGGGACACAGAGUGCAGCCCACUCGUGUCGACAGCAGGACUAUUGUGGCAAGCAGAGAGGAUGAGUGCCCCUGAGCAAAGUACAAAGAUUGCAGCAGUACAAAUCCCAUUGGCGUCCUCUGAUCACUCCUGCACUCAUGACAGCAGCGAUCAGUGGCUCUCCAAAGACCUUUACGAAUUAACCAUCUCCAAGCUCAUUUUCAUACGGCUUUGGAAGUUUGGGGGUCUGGACGGUGUAACACCACAGCAUGUUUGUGUCUGUGCUCCUGCUUCUGUUUGCACUGUGUGCCCGUGGAGGACAAGGCGAGGAGGGCAUGAAGAAGCAGAGCCUUGGCCAUGUUUCUGUGGUCAUAGUGGGGGGCACAGGUGAUUUGGCCAAGAAGUACCUGUGGCAGGGCUUCUUCCAGCUCUACCUGAACCAGGUCAGUAGUGGAAGCACCUUCUCCUUCUAUGCCGGCGGACAGUCUCCUUCGGAAAAGGCCACGCCGAUAUUCUUCAGUAUCGUAAAGGCGGUGUCGUGCACGAAGGUCGUAUCCGAACAGCGAUGCGCCGUGCUUAAGGAGCAGUUUUUGAGGCUCUCGCAAUAUCGGCAGCUGAAGACUGUGGAGGACUACCAGGACUUGUCCAAACACAUUGAACAGCAAGUCCAAGAGGAGGGUCUAACCGAAGCCGGACGACUCUUCUACCUCUCAGUGCCAGCAUUCGCUUAUGCUGAUAUUGCAGAUAAAAUUAACGUCAGCUGCCGGCCUGCCAGCGGGGCGUGGCUCCGUGUGGUUCUGGAGAAACCUUUCGGACAUGACCUGAGAAGUGCUCACGUGCUGGCAGCUCAGCUUGGGAACUCCUUGCAGGAUGAAGAAAUGUACAGGAUAGACCACUACCUGGGAAAACAGGUGGUUUCCAAGAUACUUCCAUUCAGAAUGGAAAACAGGAAGUUUCUGGAUCCCAUCUGGAACAAGCACCACAUUGAAAGAAUAGAAAUUGUGUUGAAAGAGACUCUGGAUGUGAAAGGUCGUAUACCCUUCUAUGACCAGUAUGGCGUGAUCAGAGAUGUCAUACAGAACCACCUGACAGAGGUCAUGGCCCUCUUGACGAUGAGGCUUCCCACCAAUCUGAGCAACAGCGAGGACGUUCUCCAGAAAAAGCUCCAGAUCUUCAGCUCUCUGCUGCCCUUAGGGAAGAAUCAAGCCGUGAUGGGCCAGUACCAAGCGUACAAAGCAGAGGUUCAGCAGGAGCUCAACAUGACUAAAGAUCACAUCAGCAUCACGCCAACGUUUGCAGCCGUGUUAGCGCACAUGGAUGCAGCGGAGUACGGCGGCAUUCCCAUUCUUCUGCUCUCGGGGAAGAUGUUAGAUGAACGCGUGGGAUACGCACGGGUUCUUUUCAAGAAUGACAUAUUUUGCGUGCAGGACCGCCACAACCUACACUGCAAGCCCAAGCAGAUCAUUUUCUACUUUGGCCACGGCAGCCUUCAAUACCCCGCAGUACUCGUGACUAAGAAUCUAUUUAAGCCUUCUGUGAUGGAGGGCGAGUGGAAGGAAGUGACUCAGCAAGACGAUGUUAAUGUUCUGGGGUUGCCGAUUUCAGACUACUUUGUACAAACCCCGAAAGUUCAGCAGGAAGCUUAUGCCGAACUUAUUUCUCACAUCUUUGCUGGACGCAAGAAUAAUUUCAUUAGUACCGAGACUCUCCUAGCGUCAUGGGGCUUUUGGACGCCACUGCUUCAGAGCUUAGCUGGCUCCUUCCCUCGUGUGUACCCUGGAGGUGCCGACAACGGAGACCUGUUGGACGUUCGUCUGAAAGGGAAGGAGAUCAGCUACACCAGCGACGUGGUGAUCAUCGGUCCGGAUCAGAUAGGAGGUUCUUCAGCCAACAGAUUCCAAGUGAUGCAAGGGAAGUUCCGCAAUGCCACCAUGGUGUCUGCUUGGGCCGAGGAGCUGGUGGAGCGUCUGGCAGCAGACGUACAGGAAGCGGCUCAGGAGGCCGUGGUUCACGGUGGUGUUUUCCAUCUCGCUCUCUCCGGCGGAGCCACGCCCAUCGCUCUCUUCCAGAGGCUGGCAUUACACCACUUCUCCUUCCCGUGGAGGAACACCCACCUUUGGAUGGUAGAUGAGCGCUGUGUGCCCCUCACUGACCCGGAGUCCAACUUCUACAUCCUCCACCAACAUCUGCUGCAGCACGUGCACGUACCCUAUUACAACAUCCACCCUAUGCCGGUGCAGCUCCACCAGCGUCUGUGUGUGGAGGAGGAUGACGCAGCACGGCUGUACCAGGAGGACAUAAGCAAAGCGGUUAACGCCUCCAGGUUCCACUUUGUACUCCUGGGAGUCGGCCGUGACGGCCACACGGCGUCACUCUUCCCUGGCGGUAAAGCCACCGAGUGGGAGGAGAGUCUCGUGGUCCUCACCGAGAGCGCCGUGAAGCCACACCAGCGCAUGAGCCUCACUCUCAGCGCCAUUAACCACGCACAAAAGGUGGCUCUGUUAGUGCUGGGCAAAAGCAAACACGAGAUCAUCACCCAGCUCAGCCGCAGCAAGGACGACCCCAAGAAGUGGCCCAUCACUGGGGUCCGUCCCUCUGACGGCACGCUAACCUGGUACAUUGACUAUGAUGCUCUUUUAGGUUAGGUCAUUUGCAGCUUUAACUUGAUGUUUUUGGGGGGAGAACUUGUCUACAUAUGCAGAAAAAUGCACAUUCAGUUCAUGGCAAAGUUUAUUUUUAAUACAAUUGACUGACUGAUUUUAAAGAUACUGAAAAAGUUCUCAAUGUGCAUACAGAGACUUCAAGAAAUCUAAUAAAUGGCACACGAUGUGUCCUCUGAAGUCCCACACCAUCCACGCCAUGAUUGUUUACCUUUUUUAGCUCAGGGGGAAGCGUGGUCGCUUGAUUUGCUCACCUCGGCCCAGCAACACACACCACAGUACGGGUAACCACUUCAUUUGAGAGUUUUUUUUUUUUUAAUUAACAGACAUCGAAGCUAUCAUUUUGACCUCAGGUGGAGGUUAUGUUUUUCCAGCAUUUGUGCAUUAUGUGUUCCAAAUGAAGACAAUGGAUUUGGAUGAAAUUUUCCAGGAAUUGUGGGGGUGAUCCAAAUCACCGUCUGGAUCCAGGACAAAUGGUCAAAGCACUUGGAAAAAAAUCCAACAAUAUAAGACUGAUCCAAAACGUGUUGGAUUAUUAUUUUGAUGUGACUGACAAAUUGGAGGGAACCAUGACGCUUGGUGGAGGUCUGUGCUCUCAGUUACGUCUUUGACUUAUGAUUCAUACAAAUGUCAUCUUCCCCCUGUCAUCGGUACAUUCCGGCUCGCUCAGGUCACACCUGUACUUUGAUUGGCAUCCACGCAAGCCGUGUUGCAUUCUGAAUAACUUCCUGUGAGCGGUUCCAACAGGAAGCCUAUGUAAGCCAUCCGCCGGCCCCAAGAAAACACCUGCUUUUGUUGAAGUGAAGCAUUAAAACAUGAGCUGGAUUAAGUCGCUUUCAUUCCCAUGGUUUUCAGUUACCGACUGCCAGCGGCACGGAAAGCAUGUGAAAUGUUAAUAUGAGCGGUAUUGGAUGUCCCGUGUAGCACAGCUGGACUCUGUUUAGUGGUUCUCGUUGUUCCUGCCUUUUGUCAACCACAGGACUCCUUUCACCGUAAGUGCACCUGAAAAGGACACAAGAAUGUGUUCGAAAAGUAACACAAACUUUUUGUACUCGUGUGUACUUGUUACCUGUGCUGACAAUGGAAGCCACCGUCAGAAAGACAGACAUGUGAUACAGCUCAGGUGUGGUUUUGGCCUACAAAAGUGCAAAAAGAAGUGACUUGGGUGCGCCGUUUGCGUCAAAGGUUGAGUUUCUUACGCAUGUGGCCGCAGUCAGUGUCAGGAUGGUGGUGC